AUGGGGACCCCGCGGGCACUGUGGCCACUCGUCUGGGCCGUGCUGCAGCUGGGCUGGCAGCCAGGAUGGCUCCUAGAUGCCCCCAGCAGGCCCUGGAGCCCCCUCACCUUCUCCCCGGCCCGGCUCACUGUGCCCGAGGGGGCGAACGCCACCUUCACCUGCAGCUUCUCCAGCAAGCCCGAGCACUUCGUCCUCAACUGGUACCGCAUGAGCCCCAGCAACCAGACAGACAAGCUGGCCGCCUUCCCCGAGGACCGCAGCCAGCCUGGCCGGGACCGGCGCUUCCACGUCACGCCGCUGCCCGGCGGGCGACACUUCCACAUGAGCAUCAUGGCCGCCCAGCGCAAUGACAGCGGCGUCUACUUCUGUGGGGCCAUCUACCUGCCCCCCAAGACGCAGAUCAACGAGAGCCGGCCUGCGGAGCUCACGGUGACAGAGGGAGUCCUGGAGCUGCCCACAGAGCGCCCCAGCCCCCCACCCAGGACCGAAGGCCAGUUACAGGGCCUGGUCGCCCGUGUCACAAGCGUCCUGCUGGGAGCUCUGCUGCUGGUGCUGCUGACCUGGGUCCUGGCAGCUGUCUUCCUCUGGGCCACUCGGGGUACCCUCGGAGACCGACGACCCGUCCCUUCUUCUCUCCCCAAGAAGGAGGGCUCCUCCACCGGGCCUGCGUGCACCGUGGACUACGGGGAGCUGGACUUCCAGUGGCGAGAGAAGACCCCGGAGCCCCCGGCCCCCUGUGUCCCGGAGCAGACCGAGUACGCCACCAUUGUCUUCCCGGGCAGGCCGGGCUCCCCAAGCCGCAGGGCUUCCGCAGACAGCCCGCAGGGGCCCCGGCCACUGAGGACUGAGGACGGACACUGCUCCUGGCCCCUCUGA